AUGACCUCUGCACAGUACCACGAUGACGACGUGCCGCUCCUCGUCGACGCGGACCCGUCCACCCCGAUCACCGAGCAGUCCGGUCGUCCUGCUUCAGUGGCCCGUGGCAAGCGGACCGGGAGACACAAUCCCACCGUUUUUGUUCUGAUUUGCGUGCUGGCGGUGUUCACCCUCGAUUUCGGCGCUUACCUGAAUAUCGCCCCUCAAACCCGGAUCUAUGAGGAUAUUGUGUGUAGGAAUUACUAUGAUAAACAUGAGCCUGGCCGGUUUCCCUCUGGCACGGUUCCGGAAGAGCAAUGCAAGAUCAAACCUGUACAAGGAGAAGUUGCCUUUGUCCAGGGCCUCAUGUCGAGCUUUGAUGCUAUCCCCAGCAUUAUACUCCUGAUCCCAUAUGGACGCUUGGCAGAUAAUCCUAAGUUUGGCCGGAAAACAGUACUGCUGAUGAGCAUGCUCGGCCUCUUGUUGAACUUCUAUUGGACUGUGUUUGUUUGCAUUGCUUCUCGCGUAUUACCCCUGCGGGCAAUAUGGUUUGGGUCGAUGUUCAACUUCAUCGGAGGUGGAUUGGGGGUGACCAACGCCAUGAUGAUGACGAUGAUUACCGAUGUCGUUGACCCAGACAAUCGCGCUGGCGCCUUCUUUAAGACUACACUGGCAGUAGUUGUCGCCCAGCUCAUCGCCCCAUCGGUUGCAUCAGGCCUGAUGACUACCAAGGGCCCCUGGUUUCCCUUUUUGGUGGGAACAGUCCUCAUUACCUGCUGCAUGCCAUUCCUUUUCACUCUGCCGGAAACAAUCCAGUUACAGCCUCUGCAGACCGAGGAAAAUCGGAUGUCAAUGGACACUGAAAAUAGCCCUAUAGACGAAGAACUAUGGCCAACUAACACCUCCAGUUUCAAAAAGCUCUUUCAACGCGCUUGGAACUCUUCCAAGUUCAUCUUCCAGAGCCGCAUCAUUGUCAUUGUUCUCUCAGCAUUCUUCCUCUCCGUCAUCGGCCGCAAGCAGAUCGACAUCCUUCUCCUUUACGUUUCCACCAAGUAUUCAAUCCGUCUAUCUGACGCUGCAUUUGUGCAUUCCGUUUUUGCAGCCUCCAACAUCGCUCUUCUCCUUCUCAUUCUUCCCGUUGCAUCGAAGUAUCUCACAAAAACUCUGCGUUUCUCCACCAACGCGAAAGAUCUCUAUCUCUCCAAAAUGAGCGUAAUCUUACUCACCAUAGGCUGUUUCGCUCUUGGACUCUCCCCCAGCAUCGCAACCAUGAUAAUCGGACUUAUAAUCUACACCCUUGGAUGCGGUUUUAUCCCUUUAUGUCUCAGCUUAAUAUCGACCCUUGUCGAGCCUCAUCAUGCAGCACGGCUGUAUUCAAUAGUCAGUCUGAUCUCGAUGGCGGGCGCUCUAGUUGGAGGUCCAGUAUUGGCUGCUUUGUUCAAUUGGGGGCUAAGUAUUGGCCCAAAAUGGACGGGACUGCCGUUCUUGGGAACUGGAAUUCUUCACGUUUUCGUUGCCAUUGCCAUUAAUUCCAUUCGGCUACCACAAUCUCCGCCAUUUCCUGAGGAGGAGCGGGAGCAAGAAUCCACUUAG